AUUUAAUUGCUUCGUUUACUCCCUUAAUCGCUGCUCGCUGCUUGCUGCUUGCUGCCUCUGCCUCUUGCCGCUCGCUUGGCUUGCUCUGAUUCUCAGCCUCUUCUUACUUUCGUGCUCCAGCUUGUUUAUCGUCUUUGGAGAGAAGGGCUUCCAAUGGCAACGGUAGGAGUGGAAUUUAAGCAACCAGAGGUGGCACGAGAGGAGACGUGCUCGGCCAAGCCUGCUAAGCAGGAUGAGGGUCUUCGUCAAUACUACCUUCAGCAUAUCCAUGAACUUCAGCUUCAGGUCCGCCAAAAGACCAAUAACCUCAACCGUCUGGAAGCUCAACGAAAUGAGCUUAAUUCCAAGGUGAGAAUGCUUCGAGAGGAACUGCAACUUCUUCAGGAGCCUGGAUCAUAUGUUGGUGAAGUUGUCAAAGUUAUGGGAAAAAAUAAAGUUUUAGUAAAGGUUCACCCAGAAGGAAAAUAUGUUGUUGAUAUUGAUAAAAGUAUUGAUAUUACAAAGAUUACUCCAUCAACUAGGGUUGCCCUCCGCAAUGACAGUUAUGUUCUUCAUUUGAUCUUGCCUAGCAAAGUUGAUCCGUUGGUCAACCUGAUGAAAGUUGAGAAAGUUCCUGAUUCUACCUAUGACAUGAUUGGUGGCCUUGACCAGCAAAUCAAAGAGAUAAAAGAGGUCAUUGAGCUGCCAAUAAAACAUCCUGAACUGUUUGAAAGCCUUGGAAUAGCUCAACCAAAGGGCGUCCUACUGUAUGGACCUCCUGGUACAGGGAAGACAUUGUUGGCUAGGGCUGUGGCACACCAUACUGAUUGCACUUUCAUCAGGGUAUCUGGUUCUGAGUUAGUUCAGAAAUACAUUGGAGAAGGUUCUAGAAUGGUUAGAGAACUUUUUGUUAUGGCCAGGGAGCAUGCUCCAUCUAUUAUCUUCAUGGAUGAAAUUGACAGCAUUGGAUCUGCUCGGAUGGAAUCUGGAAGUGGCAAUGGUGAUAGUGAGGUGCAGCGCACUAUGCUAGAGCUUCUCAACCAGCUGGAUGGAUUUGAGGCUUCAAAUAAGAUCAAGGUUUUGAUGGCAACAAAUCGUAUUGAUAUCCUGGAUCAAGCACUCCUUAGACCUGGACGGAUUGACAGGAAGAUUGAAUUUCCAAACCCUAAUGAAGAGUCUCGAUGGGAUAUUUUGAAAAUCCACUCUAGAAGAAUGAAUUUGAUGCGUGGAAUUGAUCUGAAGAAAAUUGCUGAGAAAAUGAAUGGUGCUUCUGGUGCAGAGCUCAAGGCGGUGUGCACGGAAGCCGGAAUGUUUGCUCUGAGGGAGAGAAGGGUCCAUGUAACACAGGAAGAUUUUGAGAUGGCUGUAGCCAAGGUCAUGAAAAAGGAAACCGAGAAGAACAUGUCAUUGCGGAAGCUGUGGAAGUGAUUUGUAUGUAUUUUAAUGUAUCCAAUCAAUCCAUUAUGUGAACUAUGUUUGGCAGUGACCUGAGUGAGUGAUUUUAUACUUCACAGUUUUUCACAGUGCUUGUAUUGCUGGAAAAUGAUAAUGACCAGUUACUUAUGAUAAGCGUACAUAGUUAAGAGCAUUUUGAAUAGGUGAGUGGCCAUUCAGUUUAGAUGUUGGUGACCAAAAGCUGCUAUUUUCAUGACUGAUUUGGAACGUGUCAGCAAAUAAGUUGCAGACACAUUUCUAUAAUAGUUGGAAGUACAUUUAUUUAUUUA